AAAUAUAGCGAAGAGAAAAUUUACAAGUUGAAUGUAGAGGAAUAGCAUCGUCUGCAAGUUCUGCGCAUAUUCGAUAUUGUUGGAACACGGCUGGAGGAGUAGCGACCGUGGGGGAGGAGAGGCAGAUGUGAGGCUCUGUGCCCGCCCAGCCCCCGACACUGUAUAUACUACUUCAUGAAAACACAAGGUCAUACAUGGGGGAUUUUAAAUACAGCAACGCGUCGUCCGUAAGCUCCAUAAGUACGGAAACUUACGUCAUUAACACGUCCACUACGAGCGUGUUCUACUCCAGUGCAACAGACGGGGGCACCACCUCCACUAGCACCAUGCAGGAAGACUGUUUGGUGGAGCAAGGUGGGGGCGUGAAGCCCGGGGGCCUGGCCGCCGGCGGGGUCGAAGGGCCUGACGAACAGCAGCACCAACAUCAGCACCACCAGCAGCAGCAGCACACCAAUGGCGACGACGACACUAAAACAGGUGUGAAGGGGGAGGCGACGGUACCUCAGGUGGGGGGCAGUGCGCCCGGCACAGUGCCCGGCCCUUUAGGGUCAGGGAAUAACCCGGGCCCCUCGGUGCUGGGCCCUCCAGGCUCCGGGGGGGUGCCCUCAGCCGCCGCGGCCGCUGCCGCAGCGGCUGCAGCCGCGGCAGCAGCUGCUGCGGCCGCAGGAGGAGGGCCUGGGUCAGGGGUAGUCGGAGGUCCUGGGGGCGGAGGCGGCUUGGUGGAGCCCACGGCCCUGCCGGCCUCAUUGGCCUCCUCGGUGGCUUCCCUGUGGUCUCCUCCGUCCGUGGAAGACACACUCCUUCACUCUGGGAUGCCUGCCAUCAACGGCUCCCUGCCAUUCCACAGCCUGGGCCCCAGCACCGCCGGGGGUCCCUGCUCCGGAGGUCCGUCCCCACUGUUUAGCACCAACCUGGGGCCACAGCUGGGCCUGGGCCCCGCUGGGCCGCAGAAUCCCCCUCAGCGCAGGAACAUGCAGCAGGCAGCGCCAAGUUUUCCAGGACAGGCGCGCCCUCAGCCCAUGGGUCCUGGACCAGGCCCCCAGGCUCCCUUCCUGCCCAACAAGUACUCCUCGUCCUGGUCCUCUGGCCUAGGUUCCCAGGGAAGUGCAUGGUCACCAGGGCCCUCUCCACAGGGUAAUUCCCCUGGGGGUCCAGGAGGAGGGCCAGGAGCAGCACCUGGGGCAGCUCCUGGAGCACCCUCGCUACCUGGGAUGAGCUCCUGGUCCACACGGGGCAGGGGCGGAAUGAACCCCUUAGGCCACAACCUUGGGGGAAUGUCUUCGGUGCCCCGCAAGAGCACCAAUAUGGCCAACAGUUCCUCCAUGGUGAUGAACAAGUUCAGGCGCUCCACCAGCUACCCAGGCAAAGGCCCUUUUCCCCAGCCCCCAGCCUUUGAGAUCACCGGCGUGGAUGAAGGAGGGUUCCCUCGUGACCUGCUCCAGUUCCCGCAGGUGAGUUGGCGCAUGUAUGAUGAGAUAAACUACGAGGAUGGUCGCAACGGUGUGGGCAACGGGACGGGCCCCCUGGACAACAUGCGAGGCUUCGAGAACUGCCUUAACGACAUCAUUAGGCACGACCCGCACGACCACAUCAAGGGUUUCAUGGGGUGCGGCAACAACACACUACAAGCAUUGGCACAACUCCACGCCCAAAGACUCCAGCACGCCCCUCUCGGUGUGCACGGCAGUGGCGCCCCCCCGACGUCCCUCCACACGGCGGCCGGGCAUCCCUUGUUCUUGGACGCGUUGUCUCCGUCCAGCCGCGGGACCCCUCGUAGGAGAGGUAAGGGCGGGCUGCUGGGCUUUGAGGACACCGGCGGCGUGCUGCUGGAGGAGGGCCACCUGGUGGAUGGGCUGGGGGCGCCUGUGCCACUCCCCUCCCCCUCUCGCUCCUCCCCGCGCUCCCAGGGCUCUGAGAAUGGCGAGAGGUUCUCCCGUAAGGUGUUUGUGGGAGGUCUUCCGCCAGACAUUGAUGAAGAGGAGAUCACGGCCAGCUUCCGGAGGUUUGGGCCGCUGGUGGUGGACUGGCCACACAAGGCUGAGAGCAAGUCCUACUUUCCCCCAAAGGGCUAUGCUUUCCUUCUCUUCCAGGAUGAGAGCAGUGUGCAGCAGCUGAUUGACGCCUGCAUCCAGGAUGAUGACAAGCUGUACCUGUGUGUCUCCUCGCCCACCAUCAAGGACAAGCCGGUGCAGAUCCGCCCUUGGAGACUCUCUGAUGCAGACUUUGUUCUGGAUGCCUCCCUGCCGCUGGACCCUCGCAAGACUGUGUUUGUGGGGGGCGUGCCCAGGCCCCUCAAGGCUGUGGAGUUGGCGAUGAUCAUGGACCGACUGUAUGGGGGUGUCUGCUAUGCCGGCAUUGACACCGACCCGGAGCUGAAGUAUCCAAAGGGUGCCGGAAGGGUGGCAUUUUCCAAUCAGCAGAGCUACAUUGCGGCCAUCAGCGCCCGCUUCGUCCAGCUGCAGCACGGCGACAUUGACAAGCGGGUGGAGGUGAAGCCGUACGUGCUGGACGACCAGAUGUGUGACGAGUGUCAGGGUGCCCGCUGCGGGGGGAAGUUUGCUCCCUUCUUCUGUGCCAAUGUCACCUGCCUCCAGUACUACUGCGAGCACUGCUGGCAGACCAUCCACUCCCGCCCUGGCAGGGAGUUCCACAAGCCACUAGUCAAAGAGGGUGCUGACCGACCCCGCACGGUGCCCUUUAGAUCUCCGUGGCGGUGGCACCGGGAGCCUGGAUGGUGUCUCACCAACAAGUAAUGAGAAGACUUUAGGCCCAAAAAUAAAGACCCCCUCAGGCCUGCCAACAACUACGGCCAUGAUAACAGAACCAUUAGCAAGAGCACUGCAAGUAACUGGCUGGUGGGAGCAGCCUCCCUCUGUCCCCCACACCCACACUGCACGCUAGACACCUGUAGCCCCAGACUCCAUGCCCCACCACCGGCUGGCGGGGCACAGGAUGUUGAUGACAUUGGGCCCGGCCUUCCCCCCCCUCUUGCUGGGUGCCGCUGCUCACUCCUGACGGAAGAUGUUCUACUCCUCCCUCUCUAGCUCGGCCUCACAUUUGUACUCCUCUGUCCCUGGAUGGGGCAAGGCAGGGUGGGGCAGGCAUGCGGUUGGGGCUCUAUACACAUGAACAUUCUAAGAGUGAAGAGGCUUGGCUUUUCCUGGCCCACCCCACCCUGCCCUGUCCACACAUUGCCCAGGUGGCAACAAAGGGCCGUGUUAAUAAGUUUCACUAUGAAUCUAGUAUAGCUUCUGCUUCCCUGCUGUAUAAACAUGUAUAACAAUAAGCAGUGCGAGGCAGGUGAGUAGAGCAGAGUAGUGUGUGUGUGCGUGUGGGCGGCCGGGCUGGAGGAGGCUUGUGGGGCAACAAUGUGAGGUCCGGCCGCCCUGGAGGUGUAGUUUCUUAGAGCCCACCUAAGCCCCCAGUCCUAUUUAGGGUCAGGUGACACAUGGGGCAGGGCCAAGCCGGGUCAGUAAUUCAUAACCAGCAGUAGUGUGUCAGGCUUGUAGAGUAUUACUACUACUACUACUACUACUACUACUACUACUACUACUACAACAACAACAACAACUACAACACUAUUACUACUACUACCACUACAUCUCUCCUACUGUUCUUUCUAUUCCUUUUUCCACUUCAACAUGCCCAGCAGUGUCUUGCAGGCUGAGGAAGGUUGCUGCAGGUUGUGGCAGGUUUACCAUUGAGGGGGCUUCCUUCCCCUGGAGUACUGGAUCCUGGGGCAUGGCGGGCCAGGCAGGCGGGGCACCAUCCCUUGUGUCCACCCCUGAGCACUAUGAGCUGCCCCUGUGUUGACCCCUCCCUGCCUGCCCUGGCCUGCCUCCCUCCCACUUUUGCAGCUGUUGGCUACUCUACUCUACUCCACUCUACUCCACUCUAAUAUACUUGUCUCUCGCCCCUCACACUCCCCCUCCUCUCCCCCCCACCUCCCUGCCCCCACUUCUUAGCGCUGUCUGUCAACUUGCCUCAUUUCCUUGUUAAGAGUUCAGAAAUUUUAUGAGAAAUAGCUGUGAGAGAGAUAGAGAUAGAGCGAGAGAGAGAAAGAGAGGAGUGUUGUAGACGAUAAAUAUAGCCGGGACUGUCGCAUUGGUUGGCGCAGAGAGAGUUCAAAGGUGUGGCGGGACUGGUCAGUGCUGGCACAGUCCCUCUGAUGGAGCAGCCAGCAGCCCAGGAUGUGUGUGAUACUGCAAGAGUCUUUUUGCACUAGGAUAAUUUUGAUCCAUAUAGAAUUUGUAUUUUUGCGUGUUUGAAUUUUGAUACUGUCCUUGUUAGUAUAUCAUCAUCAUGUAGCCUAUGCGGGUGUCUCGUGACCAGUUAAAUGGUUAUAGUUUUUUUGCCUUUUGCUGUUACAAGUACUGUGUAAGAAAACAACCCGCAACUAUUUGUGGGCUUUAAAAAAACUUUGUAGCUAAACUAGCGGAGCUGUGACGGUGUCUUUACUACAUACAGCUUGAGGUACAGCUUCCCGCCGCCAGGCUAACACACCAGGACCAGCGCGGCCGACUCCCGGGCCCGCCAGCCGCCCGGCCAGGCAGGGAGUAGCGCGUGACAGCCAGCGAGAGAAGGGAAGUGAGUCGGUUAGCCGCAGGUCCACUGGCUUGCCGCGUUCACCCUUUGAUCUCUCCAUUUUUUUAAGAGUAACCAAAGACACAAUUGGCUUAGCGGGAGGCAACAUACCCAUCCUGGAGCGUGUGACCCCGAGCCCCGUGGGGCCCCGGCUGCCCCGGACCCCGCCGGCGCGCAGGCCCCGUUUGAUAUAGUUUGGUGACCCGGCCGGCGCUGGGCCCGCUGUACAUACGUCAUCACACUUCAUGCCCAUGUGACCACAUUGCGUCGCUAGUGAGUGUAGAGGUUCAUGUAUUUUUAUUAUGAAUAUAUUAAUUUCCCAGAUGACAUAGACGGUUAUAUUUUUGUGUUGUCGCUCUUGUUUGUCUCUGCACGGAAACUUUUAUAUUAGCAGCCGGCGGCCUCAGCCUGUACAGUACACAGCCCGGCUCAACCUUUUCAUAUUUGUACAUACUAUUUUUUUACUGAGCGGUCGAGGGAGAGAUUGGGCCUGGCCGGGGUGGGGCGUGGCCGGGGCGCGGGGCGGGGCGCGGGCCGGGGCCGCCCGCGCCCUACAACAGCAAUAGUGGGCCGGAUGGCGUGUCCAUUUCUAUUUUAGAAAAAUGUGAAAACAUUAAAAAAAUUUUUACACACUUUUUCUAGAGGUUUAACUUGGGACUUUCUGAAAACUUUAUAUACUAUUGCUUGAUCACUCAGCCUCGGAGCACCAGCCUGCACCCGGCACCCGGCACCCGCCCGCCGCCCGGCGCUGGGGCAGCAGACAAUCACACCUUCCACCCCCACCCCCGCCCCCCAGGGGUGUGCAACGUGCGUGGAGGUGUCUAGUCAGUCCCCACGUCCCGGCCAUCCACCCCGCCCCCUGGCCCCACUCCCUCCAUCACACCACACCACACAUCUCCCUCCCCUCACCCUCUCCCUGCAUCCCUCUCCCCCACCGCCCACACACCAGACAGGCGGCGCAGCAGGGAGGCCGUGGCGGGGCGGGCGUGAGGGGCGAGGUGAGGGCAGGCCAGGUCGCUCCAGCCGGAAGAUGUGCAUUUUUAUUUGUAAUGUUAUUUUCUUAUUUAUUUAAUUACCACUCUAAUUUAAAAGUUUUCUUGAUUUUAGAUAUAUUUUUGUCAUAUAAUUUUGUAUCCUUUGUAAUUUAGCACAUACUGUAUUAUUUGUGUGAGUGUGGCUGUCCCUCUUUCUGCCCUCCUUAUGUUUGUCUGUAGUUUGUGUUGACCUGCCUUGCCCCGCCCUCUUGCCUCACUCCACUCCACUCCUCGCUUCCUUCCUCUAUCCCUCAUCAUAAUAAUUACCUGUGAUCAGCUUGUGAUUUUUUAAGCCCUUAAUUUUUCCAUGCGAAUCAUUUCAUUAUUAAAACGACUCGUAUUAAUCAUCCAUUUUCCUUCCUUCUCCCCUCACAUUACCUUCCCCGUCCCCGCGUCAUCGGUCCCCUCAUUCCCCUGUGUUACCUUCCCCUCUCCCCUUCCUUCCUUCCCUCCCCACGGGUCAGGUUGGUGGCUCCGUGUUAUGUGCAAUUGGCCCCGACGCUCCUGGUGCUGAUUUGAGAGUCAUUUGGUAUUAGUGUGCCGGUGUGGGGCUGAGGCGGGGCGGGGCGGGGCGGGGCGGGAGGAGGGAGGGAGGGAGGGAAGGGAAACUGAAUUUGUGGUGUAAUUACUGGAGGUGGUGGUGGUGGUGGUGGUAAUGGUGGUGGGUAUGACUGGUAGUGGUGGUGGUGGUGGUGGUGGUGGUAGUGGAUAGUGAUGGGUGGGAGUGGUGGAGGUGCAAGGGGUUGGUGAGGAACCUUCGCCCCACCCCACACUCCCCACCCCGCACUCUCCCCUCCCCCUCCCAGCCUCAUCCCUCCCCGGCCCCUGUGAGCACACGAUGCAGCAGCUUUAACAUAACAUCUCAUAGAGUAUGUUAUUUCUAGUGUAACGUCCCCAUUUUAUAUAUAUUUGCAGACUUUUUCUUGCAUAAUCCUGUUUUUUCUCUCACCGUAGACUCCAGAUUUUGUUGUUGGCGUGUGUGCGUGUGUGUGCGUGGUGGUGUCGGAGCCCAGACAGAGGAUAUGCUAUUUUUUAAAAGAUAUAGAUUUUUUAGCGAGUCACUCCAGCAAUACCAAAUAGCUUACGACAGACUUUGGUAAGUGCGUGCGUGCGUGGCGGGACGAGCGCUGGCCCAGCCCGCGAAACACAGACCGGUGCGUGCGUGCGUGCAUCCUGUGUGCGUCUUACGUUGUACUCGCGCCAAGUGUACGCCUCACUCUGUACACACGACGUGUACACAGUUAACUGCACGUGCGUCUUGUGAGUGUCGUACUUCGUAUGUGCACCAGCAACGUGUAGUGCGUGGUGUGCGUCGUGCGUCGCGGUGCGUGUCAGCAGGACGGUGGUGGGAAGGUGGGUCGCCUCCGCGUCCUAGUUAACGCCGUGUUGCUCGUUAUCACCUCAUUUAAUAUAAGCAUAAAUAGUGCCUGCCUAGUGACAGUGUUUGGGGUAGGCCGCCCCAGCCCGCCUUGCCGCCCCCGCACCCCAGCGAGGCGGGUAGCGGGCGGGUGGGGCGGGGCAGGGUGGCCUCCCCUCCCCCCCGUCGUUCCCACUAUGUGAUUGUUGAGGUAGUCAUCUUUUAUACUUGUUUUUGCUUUUAUAGAUAUUUUUUUAAUUUUUCUAAUUUAUACUUAGUGUUAUCUUGUAACCAAAGUUGUUGUGGUGUUUCGUGCGGCCGCGCGCCGGCCACAGUUAACGGUUUGACAUCGUUUUUCUGCUUUUUAUGAUAUAGUCGAGAUUUUUGCUGAUCUCCUUUUUGUACCAGUGUGUAGGGUAGACGGCGAGCAGGCGCGGGGCCCUCCCCGCCCCCGCCACACAUUGGACAUUUUUAUAUUACUAUCACUCAUUUGAUAACACAUUGCUAGUGACAGCGACAGUUUUAUUGUCUGCACUCAAGAAGAAAAUUGCUACCAGAGUCCCGGAGCGAGGCAAGGCGCGGCGGGGCGGCCAUCGCAGGGUCGCCGCCGUCCGCUCGCUCGCGAUGAUCAAAAUCCUGUGUUUUUCCGUCGCCGAGCAGGAGAGGCCGAGGCACUGUUUGUUGUUAAUGAUAGAGAUGAUGUAAAUUAUUUUUGUUUGGGAUUAUUUUUGUGCAUCGCGGAGCCUAGUGUUAGUGAGGCUGCGAGGCGCCUCCGGCCGCCCAUCCGCUCGCCUGUCCUCCGGGGCGGGGCGGGGCGGGGCGGGGCCAGGCUGGGGGGGCGCCGCCCGCGGGACUUGGACUCACUUUUGUUACUUCUCAGCCAUGGACACUUUUUGUAACUAAAUAGAUUUUUAUGAGUGUUUGGUGAAGCAUUUUCUAAUUUUUUGUAAGUACGGAGUAACUGGUGGGCUGGGUGGGGCGGGGUGGUGGGGCCCCCCCCUCCCACCCCACCCCGCCCACACUUAGUCUUAACUUUUGUUGCCCUUAUACAUUUUUAUGUUUUAUAAAAUAACGUGAAAAAAUAUUUAAAAUAUGUUUUUAAUGUUGUGUGAACAUUUCGUGAAUGGGUAGUCAGUCACCAAGAUUUUUCUACAUUUUCUUACUUUGAUACAAGCGCGGGACCGCCGCGCGGCCUUGUGUUGGAGCCUUUUGUACCGAGGGAGGCGCGUGUGACCUGUUCCAUGUUCAUUUACUCUGUAGCUUACAAUAAACCUGUUUACUUAC